AUGUCGUCAAAUUCCCCUUUGCCCUCAACUAGCUUGGAAGAAAUUAAGAAAGGCUUGAUGUUACCUCCUCCUGUACCAAUCAAGGAUAACAAGGGAGAUGGUGUUGGAAUACCUGGACCUCCUCCACGAAUGACCAGACUUCCUUCUUUGAAACAACUUUCAGAUCAUUUACAUUACACCCCUCAAUCAUCUUCAUCCUCUCAAUUUCCCAACAUCUUAUCUACACCUGGACAGUCACCUUCCACUUCAACUACUAUUCCAGCCACACCACCUUCACUUCGAAUAGCUACUAAUUCCCUCAACCAGACACCUGGAGGCAGUACAGGUUACUCCCAACAAUCACCUUUGAUAGCACCCAGUCCUUCAAGUAGACUAAGAUUACCUGCUAGUGCAAUGAUGCGUUCUUUGUCUUCAGGGCCACUUCCAUCUUUAUCUUCAACUUCAAUGACUGUGUCAACUUCAAGUUCAUCUAAUAAUGGAAUAAUAACCCCGGGGAUAUUAGGAGGUUCAUUCGAAACUCUGCAUUCACCGAACUGGUCAAGUAGAUCAGCAAAUCAUUCAUCAAUGAACACAAAUGAUAUAUUCGACAACUCACUUUCAUCUUCCUCUCAAAAUACCCCUAAACAAUCUCCCAUCACAGGUAUGACAGGUUCUGGCAAUGGCACUGGUACACCUCUAACUGCAACUGCAAUUAACAGUUUCAUCACUAGAGAAGGUGCACCUGCAAUGUCAAGAACGUCGAGCUCAAAUUCUUAUAUUCAAGGUUAUUCAAAUGUUCCUUCCUUAGAUCAAAUCAGAAGAAGAAUAUCCAUCUCAUUGGUCAAAGAAUCUUCUUCCCAUGCUCAAGGUCAAGGUCAAAGUCAAGGUCAAUAUACACCAAAAACAGAUGCGAUAACUUCAAAUAAUGUUGGUGUCCCAUCAAUAUUAUCUGCUGGCAUAAUCGAUUCACCUAAUGGUACUUAUGAAAUGAAUACCACUGGCCUCGCUAGUGCAAACGUCAACGCAAAUACACCAAAACCACAAAAAGUAGAAGUUCAAAGUCCACCUGAAACUGCUUCUUUGACUUCUUCUUCUUCUAAUGGAAGUGAUUUGGCGAACCACAAAAAGAAAGAACAUCCUCUGACACAUGCUUGGACCCUUUUCUUCGAUUCAAAAACUUACAAACCCGACACAACCAGUGUACCCAAAAAAGAAGAUGGUUCAGUUUUAGCUGAUUAUGAAAUGACACUUUUGACUGUUGGUAAAUUCGAUACUGUCGAAGGAUUCGCAAGACACUUGAAUAAUAUCAGAUUGCCUAGUUUGUUAAACAAGAAUUCGAAUUAUCACAUGUUCAAAAACGGUAUAAGACCUAUGUGGGAAGACCCAGCCAACGCGAAUGGAGGAAAAUGGGUUAUACUCUUCCGGUCAUCACCUCCAACAUUAGAUGUCGCCUGGGCAAAUCUGACAAUGGCGUUAGUAGGCGAAAUGUUAGACGAAGAAGAUGAAGUCUGUGGUAUAGUAGCUUCUAACAGACCUAAAAUCGACCGAAUACAAAUUUGGACUAGAUCAAGGAAUGAUCAUGAGAAAAUCAAUAAAUUAGGUAGAAAGAUACUUGAGGUUAUGGCUUUGGAAGGAAGAGAUAGGGAAUCUAUGAGUAUGGAAUAUCAAUACAACGCUUCAAACUCUCAUCCACCUGCAGGCUUAUUCCUACAUAUACCAUUUCCUACGACCAUAAGAACACCUGCAUCUACACCUGGAAGGUUGUCUGCCAAUGGUCCAGUUGGAUUAGGUAUAGGUCUUACUUCUUCUGCUUCACCUAAGCCACAAGGAACAAAUUCUUUUGCCGGUAGCGGUGGUGGUAGAUCACCGACCAAUCCAACGUUCACAUUUGCUACUCCACCCACAAAUACAGGAGGCCAAACGUUAGAACUCCCAUCUACAAACGGGUCGGGUACAGGUACAUUCAGAAGUCGAUUAGGUAGUGGAAGUGGCCUGAACGCUUUCGCAGGUCCAAUGGGUGGAAUGGGUAUUGCAAGAAUGGGAUCUAAUGGUGGGAAUAGUAAUUCCAAUAGUCCAAGUCCAAGCCCAAGCCCCACUCCAACGCCUAGAGCCUUGAAAAGUUGA